UUUCAAUUAGAAGAAUCCUUUGCACAAGGUGUGAUUAUCAGAGAAUUGUGUAAACUUUCAACUUGUGAAAGUUGUUAGAUAUAUUGUGAUCCUGCAUGUGUGUGUACAUGUGUAAGUAGUGAAAUAAGAUCAUCAGACUAAGACUAGUGAGUACAUUGUGUAGUCAUAUGUUCCAACAGUAUGUUGUGCAACUUUUGGAUAAGAAAACAUCAUAGGUUUCCCCUCAACUAGUUAUUUUUACAUGUCAGUUCUUUUUUACAAAUCUGCUUGAAAUUGUCAGUGAUAAUGGAUUUAAAUGUCAUUCUUUUGCUGCAAGACAGUUCUAAAGAUUUGAUUGCAGUGUAAAGCUAUAGAUAUUGAAAACUUGUAGUUGAAGCCUUGGACUGCAUUAGAAAUUUGUAUUAGAUAUUCCACUUUCCAGCUGAGUGAAAGAAAGAGUAAUGCCCGGACCAGCUUCUGGUGUUGUAGUUUCAACAGACUCUAAGAACGUAUAUGAUGAAGUAAAGAAGGAUAAGAAAUAUAGAUACAUCAUAUACUACAUCAAAGAUGAGAAAACUAUCGAAGUGGAAGUAAGAGGUGAAAGAGAAGCAACUUAUAAAGACUUUCUGUUAACACUUCAAAAUUACAAGUCAGAUUGUCGAUACUGUCUCUUUGAUUUCCCUGUUUCUGUUGAUGUGGGGGGAAAUGAAGACAAGCCUCCAAUGACAGUAGACAGAUUAGUGUUAAUGACAUGGUGCCCAGAAUCAUCAAAGAUCAAACAGAAAAUGUUGUACUCUAGUAGCUGUGAUGCACUCAAGAAGGCACUUGUUGGGACGUACAAAUACAUUCAGGCCUGUGACUUUGAAGAAGCUGAUGAGACUGCAAUUAUAGAAUCACUAAAGAAGGGUGGAAAGUAAAUACUCAUCAGUCUUCUAAGUGUCAUUAUUGUUGUAACAUUUGCAAAAUGUGUACAAGAUUCUGUUUUACUCCAAAGUUGAGUGCACUUUGAAUCAUAUUUGUGUGUGUGUGUGAAUCAUAAGAUUACCAAGAAUUUCUAGAUAUUUCGUGAAAGUUUGUGUACUGUAAAAUAUUUCCAUGCUGACAUUUUUUCUUCUCUAAAUGAAAACAAUUUCAUCAAGAUAUUGGAUUCUAAGCUUAAAUUUUUUUUGGAUAUUCUAGUAAUUGUAUGCUAGUUGAGAAGAAGGUAGAUUUUUGUAACAUCUAAAUAUGUGUAUCGUUAAAAUUUAAUUUAAUAUAUGUAUAAUUUACAGUUUUCUUGAGUUUGAACAGUUGUAUUUUUCUUUUUUUUAAGUCAAAGCUUUUCUUCAUAUAUCUAUUAGUGGUUCUUUGUUGCUUUAAAUACAUUGGCAGAUAUGUUAUAGACUUAAGUUCUUACAUUAUGCUUUACCAAAAAAGAAAAGUCCUGUUAAAGUUUGACCAAAAUAUUACCAGAAAAUUAGUUUAGACCAAAACCAAUGGCACAUGAAAUGUAAUUAUAUACUAGAUAAUAUCUGUCAAUAAAUAUUCAAAAUAUGAA